ACUGAUUAGAUUGGAGAAAGCCAAGGAGGUAUGGGUGUACUAUUGAGCAAGGGGAGAGACACAGCAGAGGGACACAGAGGGGAGGGUGACUAAGUGAACGGCGUUCGUCGCGUGUCGGUGAAUCACAGUGAAGUCCACGGGCAGACGCAUGGAUUGGACCUGAAUCAACAAAUGGAUACGAAAGAACUGGAUGUACACUGCAUGUGAGGGGAGUACAAGGGAGGACGGAGAGGCUGCCUUCAUAUCCUUUUAUCUCUGCAUCACACACUGCUGUGAGGAACCCACUGGGAGGGAAAGGGGGAAUAGCGGACAACUCAUUCCUCUCUAACACCUUCGGAAAGCCGAGGAGCCGUGCGCCGGAAUAGAGCUGUGGGACUCGCUGGGAUUGAAUAUAUGCUCAUACCGGUGUGUGUGUGUGUGCGUGUGUGUGCGUGUGUGCAUGUGAAUGUGUGUGUGUGUGCUGAUAAUAGCAGCCCCAUUGGUAUUCAGUGGAGGGAGCUCCAGGAUCUCGCUGCGCCUUUCCCCGGGAUGGGAUCACAGAGCGGGGAUUGUGCUUGCCUGUGGAGAGCUCGCUGAAAUGGAUCCCAAGACUUGCAGAGAUGGACACCAAAUGGGCAACAUGGAGGCCAACGUACACCCCCGAGCGACUAGCUUUCCACACCUAACCGCCUCCGCUAACUCCGAGCAUCAGCUUGAACCAUCCCAGCGAGGGCUCAGCCUGCAGAGCUGAGUUUGGACAGCGCAGUCUGCGAUACCACAGGUUGUCUACAGGAAGCGGAGACAAGCAGAGGGCCACGAGGAAAUCGACUGACGACAAACCAAUCCGCCUGUUGAGCACACGGCUGAGCUUCCUCCACGAGAAAUGAAAAAAAUAGGCUGCAGUGAUGCUUGAGCAAUGGUAUGGAGCUUUCGGACACGUCCGGAUUUAUCGACCGGAUAUCCUUUUGAGAUUACAACACUUUUGUGCACACCUCAGAGCUGGGCCACUUUGCCAGAUUGGCUUGUGGGCAAAAGCGAGUAAUUGAAAAUUCCCCCCCGAGAGGCUCUCUGCUCUAAUUUGUUGUGAGGGAGGAGGGCCUGUAUUUUUUUUUUAAACGAACAAUUAAAAAAAAAAAAAGAACUGCCGUUAUCCCUACAUUUUUAUUUUUGACCAUCUUUCUCACACAUUGCGGAAAAAUACAUUAGGAAGCAGCUCCAUUCUCCCUCAUCCUCCCUCCGUGACGGAGAGUGAAGAGGGACAGACUGUCCAGAAUAGAUAACGAGCAAGGAGACUGGCACCGAGGAGAGGAUAGGAGCAAGAAAAGAGCAGACGGAUAGAGGGAAACAGGUGGAGAGAGAAAGAAGGGAACGACAAGAAGAAAAAAAAAACAGGGAAUUAACUUGGAUUGUUGGAAACCCUCUGAGACUUUGAGUCCCUUUCUAAUUCGUCUGUGCCGCGUUGGAGGCCAGUUAGCGCAAUGGGCAGGGGAGGGGUCAGGAUUUACACCAGGGGGGGCACUUGAGCGGCAGAGUAGGGUCGUGACCCCAUGCACCUGCCUGGUCUGCUUCUUAGUGUUUGGCAAGAAUGACGGACUGAGAGGUGUCCUGGUGAACAGACAGCUUUCCUGAAUGACGGACAAGUUCUGAGGCCGGUUAGACGGACGGACGGACAGGAAGACACAGCCUAUUCCAAGUGUCAGGCAGUGAGCCAGGCAGACAUCCAGUGCCGGCACAGUAGACAGCAUGUGAUUCAUUGUCAUUCUAUGCAGUGUUCAAGGAAAAGACAGAGAGAAGGAGAGUUAGCAGAGACGGGAGAAAGAAGAGGAGCAUCCUUGUGUUCCGAGUUUAUUGGAGAACCUCACUUCCUCUACAUCCGCCUCAGUUACUACUGUGGCAAACCCAUGCUCUAAAGAAAACAACGACAAAGAAAAAAGAGGCGGGGAAGGAGGGGACUGUUACUGGAGAGGAAAUAAAGGUUGGAAGGAGAGAGAGAGCGAGGGAGAGGAAGGGAGGGAGGCAGAAAAACAGCGGGAGAGAGCAGGUGUCGAAAAUCCUCCCCCUCAUCUGCUUGUCAUUUACUCCUUUAUGUUCUCUCGUCGUCUGGCGAGGUGAUUGGUUUUCUGAUGCCGGUGUUCCUCUGCUCGUAGGCCCUGCGCAAUCCUGAGGAAAACAAGAGGGGGGCAGACAGAGGGAAGCAGAAAAAGACAGCGUUAAAGGAAAAGCUGGAGACCUGUUUUGAUUGACAAAUUUUUCACCCCUUCCUGUUCUUUUCUUUUGUCAAGCCGGACUCUUUUUUUCCCCCCCCUGAGAGAUAAAGGGGAAGAAAAACAUUGGCCCAGUCAAUCCCUCAUUCUCCUCGUACACAGAACUGAACCUCUCCUUAUCUCAGUUGUCGAUUUUCCUUGCCUUGAUCUGAAGGGAUUCAUUUCUCCACCCGAAUAUACAGACUGGAAUCCUCUAGAUCUGCUCUUUAUGUCUAUGUAGCGUGAACCCCACCGACUCCCACACAGCGACCCCCUCCUCGGCUAAAGCGCUGAAACCCUGUGGCCUCAGAUCUCGACACACGUGUUGACUCACAACUACAGCGAUAACAUGGCAAAGCGCUUCUGAUCCCGUCUGAUUCAUUCUGUGGUGGUACAGGCAGCCAGCAGACCUUUCUCCAUGAGGAGCAGUAGAAGAUGCCGGCUCUGCCAGCACUACUGCUGUCAAUACACUUCCUCUCCUUCCUGCUAGUCACCAUGCCACCACACUCCCUCAGUCAGGCCCCGCUGCUCUCUUCCGUCCGUAUGGCUGCAAUCUUGGAUGACCAGUCUGUGUGUGGGCGCGGGGAGCGGCUGGCACUAGCCCUGGCCAGGGAGAACAUCAACAGUGCGAUGGAGGGCCCGUCCCGAGCCCGAGUGGAGGUGGACAUUUAUGAGCUGCAGAAAGACUCCCAGUACCACACUACUGACACCAUGUGUCAGAUUCUACCCAAGGGCGUCGUCUCAGUGAUAGGUCCCGCUGCCAGCCCCGCCUCUGGCUCCACUGUCAGUCACAUAUGCGGAGAGAAGGAGAUCCCACAUGUAAAGAUUGGUCCCGAGGAGACUCCCCGCUUGCCGUACCUGCGCUUUGCCUCUGUCACUCUGUACCCUAGCAACGAGGACCUGAGUCUGGCCAUAGGAGCCAUCUUGCGCUCGUUCAGUUACCCCUCAGCCAGCCUGGUCUGUGCCAAGGCUGAGUGCCUGCUGAGAUUGGAGGAACUGGUCCGCCGCUUUCUCAUCUCUCGGGAGACGCUGUCAGUCAGAAUGCUGGACGACAACCUGGACCCUACGCCGCUGCUGAAGGAGAUCCGUGAUGACAAAGUGGCCACCAUCAUCAUUGACGCCAAUGCUUCGGUCUCCUAUCUCAUCCUCAAAAAGGCAUCUGAGCUGGGGAUGACAUCAGCAUUUUACAAGUACAUCCUCACCACCAUGGACUUUCCCCUACUAAGACUGGAUGAUAUAGUGGAUGAGCAUUCCAAUAUUGUGGGUUUCUCCAUGUUUAACACCACACACCCCUUCUAUUUGGAGUUCAUCAGGAGCCUCAACCUCUCUUGGAGGGAGGGCUGUGACCUGACGUAUCCCGGCCCUGCGCUCUCGUCAGCGCUGAUGUUUGACGCGGUGCAUGUGGUGGUGGGGGCGGUGAGGGAAUUGAACCGCAGUCAGGAAAUCGGAGUGAAGCCGCUCAGCUGCACCUCACCUCAGAUCUGGCAACACGGGACCAGUCUCAUGAACUACCUGCGCAUGGUGGAGUAUGAUGGUCUGACGGGGCGCGUGGAGUUCAACAGCAAAGGUCAGAGGACCAACUACACCCUGCGGAUCCUGGAGAAACACAGAGGAGGCCACAAAGAGAUUGGGAUCUGGUACUCCAACAACACCCUGGCAAUGAAUUCCACCAGUCUGGACAUUAAUGUUUCAGAGACGCUGGCAAACAAGACCCUCAUUGUCACCACCAUACUGGAGAACCCGUAUGUGAUGCGUAAGGAGAACUACCAGGACCUCCAGGGUAACGACCAGUACAAGGGCUUCUGCGUGGACAUGCUGCGGGAGCUGGCAAACAUUUUGAAAUUCUCCUUUAAGAUCAAACUGGUGGAUGACGGACUCUAUGGGGCUCCAGAGCCCAACGGCUCUUGGACUGGAAUGGUUGGAGAACUAAUCAACAGGAAAGCAGACCUGGCCGUGGCAGGCUUCACCAUCACGUCGGAGAGAGAGAAAGUUAUCGACUUCUCGAAGCCGUUCAUGAACCUGGGCAUCAGCAUCUUGUACAGAGUUCAGCUGGGUCGUAAGCCGGGUUACUUCUCCUUCCUCGAUCCCUUCUCUCCGGCUGUCUGGCUCUUUAUGCUGCUCGCCUACCUGGCUGUCAGCUGCGUGCUCUUCCUGGCUGCAAGACUGAGCCCCUACGAGUGGUACAACCCUCACCCAUGUCUUCGAGAGCGCAGGGACAUGCUGGAGAACCAGUACACCCUGGGAAACAGCCUGUGGUUUCCUGUUGGAGGCUUCAUGCAGCAGGGAUCCGAGAUAAUGCCCAGAGCCCUGUCUACCAGAUGUGUCAGCGGGGUGUGGUGGGCGUUCACCCUGAUCAUUAUCUCCUCCUACACGGCCAACCUGGCGGCCUUCCUAACUGUCCAGAGGAUGGAGGUUCCCAUCGAGUCCCCCGAUGACUUGGCCGACCAGACCAACAUCGAGUAUGGCACCAUACACGGAGGGAGCACCAUGACCUUCUUCAUGAACUCGCGCUACCAGACCUACCAGCGCAUGUGGAACUACAUGAACUCUAAGCAGCCGAGUGUAUUCGUGAAAAGCACAGAGGAGGGCAUUGCCCGUGUGCUCAACUCCAAGUAUGCCUUCCUGAUGGAGAGCAGCAUGAAUGAAUACCACCGCGGCCUCAACUGUAAUCUCACAAAGAUCGGAGGCCUGCUGGACACCAAGGGCUACGGCAUCGGCAUGCCACUGGGCUCUCCGUUCAGAGAUGAGAUCACGCUGGCCAUCCUCCAGCUGCAGGAGAAUAACAGGCUGGAGAUACUGAAGAGGAGGUGGUGGGAGGGAGGCCAGUGUCCCAAAGAGGAGGACCACCGUGCCAAGGGUCUCGGCAUGGAGAACAUUGGGGGCAUCUUCGUGGUGCUGAUCUGUGGCCUCAUCAUUGCCGUGUUUGUGGCCAUUAUGGAGUUUGUGUGGUCGACACGCCGCUCGACAGAGACCGAUGAGGUAUGCCCCCAUACCUGCCCUCGCCGACACCACAGACACACCCCAGUGUCUGUCUGUCAGGAGAUGAUCACAGAGUUCAGAAACGCCGUCUCUUGUAAGAAGAGCUCCCGUAUGCGCCGCCGUCGACCCCUCAGCAGCUCAGCAUCCCUGCGCCACCCCACCCGCAUAGCCCUGGGGGCCCCACGGCCCCUGCGCCUGGUGCGGGAGAUGCGCCUCAGCAACGGAAAGCUCUACAGUGGAGCUGGCCCCCUGACAGGUGGAGCUGGAGGUGGAGCAGGUGGAACAGGGCCUUCAGAUCUGGGCCCUGGACCACAGAGGCUCCUAGAUGAUCCUCUUGGAGCCAACACCACCCCUCCUCCACCAGCCCCUACUCCUGUGAUGCUGCCCGCCCGCAGCUGCACCCACGUGAGGAUCUGCCAGGAGUGCCGGAGGAUCCAGAGUCUGAGAUCAAGCAGUAGUAUAGGAUCAACCUCAACGAGAAUACCACCAUCAUCAGCACCCCUGCCCAGGUUACCCCCGCCUCCGCCUCCCUCCUCAUCCAACACAGACAGUGAGGGCGGAGUGGGGCCCAGUCCAAGGCGGCUACGUCACAGCCCCCCACCUCACCCCCCCCGACCCAUUCCACCUCCACAGAGCAGCAACACCACAGACCUACUGGUGGACCAGGACUGAGACCAGAGGCGGUGCGUGGGGGGUAGAGGGGCUGCAGGUAGCCAGUGAUGUGACUGAGGGACAUUUGUGCUGCUGAGAAAAAACACUGCUCAUUUCCACAGGUGAAAUUUAGCGGAAAACAAAAGAGAAGGGGGGGGGGGGGGGGGGGGGGGGGGCUGAACUCGGGAAGUGGAAACUGUAACCUGUAAUCCAGUUGAGCUUGAGGCCUACAGAUACUGUGAAGAACUGGCUGCAAGUUAAAUAGUCUGUAAUCAACCCUGAAGAACAGUUCAAUUUUGAGAAAUCUGAUCAGAGAUGCACAUGACUAGACGACGGUUUCCACUGGCUUCCCCUCUCCUCUCCUUACUCCCCUCUCCCUCCAACUUUACAUUCGAGGGCAUCGGUUUUCUUCCCCACACACUUUCCUGGAAGCUGACUACCCCUCGAGUAAAACGAAGCCUUGUCGGAGGACAUACUGUAUCCGUAUGUGAUUUAAAAGAGCAACUAAAAGACAUCCAGAGAAUUAUUUCCAGUUUUUUUGUUUUUUGUUUUUUUGCUGUUGUCUUUAUUGUUUUGUUACCAUUGUUCUAAGUGGGAAUCACAGAGUUAAAUACAGACUGUGUGACAAUAUGGUGGAUUAUAACAUACUAAGAAACGUGACUAUGGUUAAUUGUGUUCAAGAGUUUUGUGUCCCUCCCUGUGCCCCAUAGCUGCUUUUUUUUUGGGUGGUAUCAGGGAAGGUGGAUACUACGACUUCAAAACAAGAUAAUACUACAAACAAUAGUUGAGGAAACUGUUGGCCCUGCCUUUUUUUUUCAAUUUUUUUUUUACACUGUGCGUAUGUGUGUAUGUAAAAAUUUGUGCUUCCUGUAAGUCUGUCUGUAACUACUCACAGUGAGGAGAACCAUGUACCCACCACCCUUCUACUAAUGUUGGUUAAUCAGACGGCCACAGAAAGGGAGAGAAGACAGAGAAGGAGAGAGGGAGCGAGAGCUUUGAAAUGUGAAAUUAAUGUCCCUCGUUAUCCUGGGCAACGCUUGCCAAGACCACUUUUUUUUUUUCCUUCACCUUUGUUCACACAGCGUAGAAGAGAUAGAGAGGUAAGGCCGAGCCAGAGAGGACAAGAUAGAGAGGAACAGAAAGAGAGGAGAGUGAAAGUACACCACUGAAUUUGAAUGAGAAAUCCCUCACUGAACUACUUCCAUUAUUAGAUCGGUCCUGAUCAGUUAAUUCUGGGCAUCUUUUAAGGGGCUUGUUAAUGCGCCAGCAGGAUGUAGCGGCAGCUUCUUCCCCUUCUCUCUGUUUAACAGACAGACUUGGCCGUACACAGCAGAGACUCCUGCCAGAGUGAUAGACUCAGCACAGCCUCGUCAAUACUGUCUCAAGCUUUUGAUUGCCUAAUUACUCCCCUCGGUGGCUGGGGACUCAUUCAGGAGAGGGUUGAACACAGGAAAACAUGCUGAUGAAUAGAUUUGGAAGAAAAAACAUGUUUUUCACUCCAGCUAGGUUAGAGAAUCUGCUCUCUCUUAAUUAUGUUGUUAAUGUUACAGCCCUUCUGUCCAACAGUCACAAUCUGAGCGCUGCAGUCCAUUAGCCGCGGCGUUUAAAGAAAGACACUGGCGGAUUUGCAUGUUUUGGCCCUUUAACUUUGAAUGCGUGUACACUUCACAUUGCUGCCGAUGAUUACUCAAACCUUUCCCUAGAUUUAGAUUCCUAAAGGAGCCACAGCUUUCAUACCAAGUUAUGUUCAAAAAGUGUUUCACAGACUUGCUUUAGAUAGCUGAUCCAUGGCAAAUGAAUGUUGGAGUCUAAUUAUGUAUGUUUAUUUUUUUUUAUCAUUGUCAAGGAAUCUCAUGAAAAGAACAAAACAAUCAAAGAAUUGAAGAAUUUGACUAGGGAGCUAAAACCUGGUAUGGCUAAAUCCUCUGUGACACAGACUCACACCAUUGACGGCCAUGUACAAAACACCUUAGUUUGUUUUCAGCAAAUCCCAAACACCCAAAUAACAUCAUGUUCCCCAAAAUACUCAGUAGAAUAUUAAUCCACAGCUGAAAAUAGUCCCAAAAAAACCAUUGACUCCAGUGUGGGUAACAUUUGCCUACAGUGCCCAGCUGUUUAAGGAAUUCACUGUGCCUUUUUUUAACGAAACUAUAUAUAUAUAUAUAUUUGUCAUAAAUUUGUCACAUCUUCAGUGGGUACAAAUGGCUGUGGAGUCAUUGGACUAACUUGUUGCUCUUUUCUUUGAAUUUGUCGAGAUUAGCACACAAAAAAAAUCAAUGUCAACAACCUGAUCCUUGACGUCUACUUUAUACAGUAUUUACAGUACAGCAUUACAUUACCAACAGAAACCACUGAAUGCAGCGAGGCGGCACCACCAAGGCCCCGUCGCAGCCAAUUGUGGGAAGAUCGUUCAUCUCAUCCAAAAUGAAUGAAGAGUUUUGGCUUCACUGAUGUUGAAGAGCAGAUAUCAGUUUUAUGUGAUGCAAUCCACUAAUUUACACUGAAUGCAUGACACACCAGGAGUGAUUGGUUACUGUUUGGUUUCCCUUUUGAGUUACAAUAAGCUACGGUUGACUGCGUGUGCUGCAGCUGUGUUUUCUAUGGUGUAGCACCUUUUGUGAAAGGGUCGCUGUUAUAUGGUCAGUAUUAUGUCUUUCCCUGUUGAGUGAUUCACUACUUACGGAACUAUAGGGUCCUUGGAUACAAUGUACACACCCUUGAUUAAAGUUAAUGUACUUAAUGUAGUUGUGAUACACCUUUCUGGUUGGUGUGUUCACGGAAAUACAGAUAUUCAAGAUUUGCGAGUUGGCUGAUGCAAUAUUUUCAAUGUACAACAUUGAAAAAUUCCCAUUAUCCCGCUCACACUUGCCAAUUCUUAAGUCGUUUUAUUUCCUGACAGAAGAGAUCAUGAAUGUAAUUUUUCAGCAGCUGAUUAUCAGUCCUCAAAAGUCUGUGUUGGUGUUUCCUCUUUCCCGAUUACAUCACUGUUUACUCUUUAUUUCCCCCCUAAUUUGAAGUGACAGUUUCCCCAUUUGAGUCUCCCCCAUUUUUUGCUGAGAUUUAAAAGCUGCCUUCAUCACCUGUAACCGAGGAGGUCUCAUGCUCUCAGCGUUGGUAGCAUCAAACUGCUAAUGCAGCAACAAGGACAUGAUCCCUCAUCUAUAUUCUGCAGUGAAACCAGGUGUUUGAGGAAACAUGCAAAACCAUCAAUACAGCCCUUUAUAACUACCUAGAAAAAUACAGGCAUUGUUGUCUGGGGUGAAAUUGAAUCGCUGUAUAAAAUCAUCCAUUUUUCAGUGAAACAGAUUUCUCGACGCUGCUGUGUUCCAGAUAAUGAAUGAUUACAUUGUUUGCUUUGCACACGUAACGCCACUUCUCUGAAUGAUGGCUGUCAGCCGAAAGCGGGCCUGGAUUUGAUGCGUCUCUGUUUACUUCUGACUGUGUCUAGAAUGCUGACAAGAAAACAUGAGCUGUCUCCACAAGUUGUCAGAGUACACACACACACACACACACACACACACACACACACAGAAACGCUCUCGUCAACAACAUCAUGAUUUCUGAUUCUCUUGUUAUCUAAAGGCUAAAACUGGUUGUGUUUUGUUGUUGUUGUUGUUGUUUUUUUCUUCAGAAUCUCUUUUCGUCAUCUUCUUUGUCUUGUUCUGUCAACACAUCCACAAACCUCCCCCAAAACAGUACCACAAAGCCAUUAUGUGGCUAUCGACAGCUUUAAACCAUCAGCUUAAAGCAUUUUUCUUUUUUUAGUUGCAAAGCAUUAUUGUAAAAAGGCAAGAGGGGGGUACAAAGCUAGUAUGAAUAGCAAAGUGCAGGGAGGGUCACAAAACUGAUCAGAUGGGGUGUCUGUACAGUCACUCAACAAAAACAAACCUUUUCGUUUGCUUUUAUGUUCUUUUUCUUUGGUAUUUUUUCAUAUUUCUAUACUAGUGCUAAAUGGAUUAUUAAAACUGACGAUGAAUAUUAUGAUUAAAUUGUUGUUAUUAUUCCUACUGAGGAGCAGGAGGCUCUAUAGUGUGCUUGUGGGUGACGGGAGUUGUUGGGUUGAAGGUGCAAUUAUGUUCUUCAGAGUGAUCGCCCAGUUGUUCAAACCUAUAGACACACAAACUUCUUUUGGAAUAAAAAAUAUACAAACAUUC